AUGACAAUCGCUACAGUAGACUCUUCUGGUCGACCUUCUGCAAGAGUAGUGCUUCUCAAAGAAUUUUCCAAAGAAAAGGGCUUUGUGUUUUUCACGAAUUACGAAGGGAGAAAAGCUCAGGAAAUUGCAAAUAACAACAACGUUGCUCUCGUGUUUUACUGGGCAGACAUCCACAAGCAAAUAAGAAUCGAAGGGAAGGCAACAAAGGUCCCUCUAACUGAAUCUGAAGAUUAUUUCAAAUCACGCUCGAAAGCGUCGCAAGCGGGAUCCGCAGCAUCGCCUCAGUCAAAAAUAGUAGAAAGCCGAGAAUGGCUGUGGAAAAGAAACGAAGAAUUUCUGGAAAAAGAUUCUAUUCCGAUGCCCAACUGGGGAGGUUAUAGCGUUGACCCUGACUGGAUAGAAUUCUGGCAAGGGCAAAGCAAUCGACUCCACGAUAGAGUGGUCUUUUCAAAACGAGGAUUCGAAGAAGACUCAGCGUUCAUUAAAACGCUUAGCGAUGGCUGGCAAAAAGCUCGACUCGCACCUUGA